AGAGACUGUUGACUGGACACCCAAUAACAUAAAGGCUAGUUAGGUCUACUACUGGACAAUUCUCUUUGCAAAAUUGUGGACUGACUUUUGUUCAUAAUUUCUCUAUUUGAAUUGCUGAAGCUUGUGGAACAAUAAUGUUUAUAGAAGAGCGGAUUAUAACACUUUUUAAAAGGAACUUUCACCACACCUGUACAUACUGGAGUGUGUUCUUCAGUUUUGGACUGUGUAUAGCCUUCCUGGGACCCACCAUAUUGGACUUGCGAUGUCAAACCCAGUCUACACUGAGCCAGAUCACCUGGGUCUUCUUCUCCCAGCAGUUCUGCCUGCUCAUCGGCAGCUCUAUCGGAGGGGUCUUCAAGAAAACGUUGUUCAGUGCUCUAGCUGCACUGUUCUUGUCCUCGCUACUCAUCUCUAUAAUAUUUGCCAUCAUCCCCCUCUGCCAUAAUGUGCUGCUGUUGGCUAUUGCCAUGGCUGUGUCCGGUCUGGCCAUGGGCAUCAUUGACACCAUCGCCAACAUCCAGCUGGUCGCCAUAUAUCAGAAGGACUCGGCUGUCUUUCUCCAGGCCCUCCACUUCUUCAUUGGGUUCGGGGCGCUGGUGAGCCCUCUGAUUGCUGAUCCCUUCCUGUCUGAGACAGGCUGCAGGGUGGGGAAUGUGACAGAAAAUGUGACCGAGAUCAUGCACCACUUCAGGAACACGCUGAGGAACAGCCCCAUUGUGAUGCACAAUGUGUCUGUGGACCACCUGCCUCUAGCAGAGGAGCCAGAGGAGUCCAUUGUGUCCUACGCCUUCUGGAUCAUGGCAAUGAUCAAUCUGCCAGUGCCAAUGGCAGUGUUAUUCCUGAUGUACCAGGAGCAGUUGAUCCCCUGCUGCCGCAGCACCACACCUCAUUUGCUGGACAAAGACGAGCUGGCCAUGGAGAACCAGGGGGCCGAGGGGCCUGACACAGAACCUAAAGACCAGGAGGAGGGAGGAGGUCAUGGGGAUAUCUUCAGCUGCUGUCAGAAUAACAACCUGCGUGAGUUGCCUGUGUCCUUCUUUGGGAUUCAUAUCGUUGGUGGAAUGGUCCUGUUCAUGACCGAUGGCAUUGUGGGUGCGUAUGCAGGCUUUGUGUACACAUAUGCAGUGUCUCCCCCCAUUUCUCUACCUAAUAAGACUGCGGGAUACCUGGUUAGUAUCUUCUGGGCAGCCAUUACUGCAGGACGUCUGGUGUCCAUCCCUCUCACCUUCCGCUUCCAGCCCGUUCGACUGCUCAUGAUUAAUCUGGCUGGUGUCAUUGUCACAGUGUUGUUGCUGCUCGUCCUCGACACCAGCAGUAUAUUCCUGUUUGUUGGGACCACUCUACUGGGCCUGUUCCUCAGCAGCAUCUUCCCCUGUAUGCUGGCUUACACUGAGGACAUCCUGGACUACCAAGGAUGUGCAACCUCAGUUCUGGUAACAAGUGCUGGGAUGGGAGAAAUGGUCAUGCAAGUCCUUGUUGGAUCGAUCAUCCAGAGUGAAGGCAGCUAUAGUUUCCUGCUCUGUGGCAUGAUCAUUGGUUGUAUGGGCUCCGUCUUCUUCUUAGGGCUGCUGUUCUUACAUCGCAUGCACAGGAAAUACCUUACUGGAACCUCAGUGAAGUCAGCCAUGGUGGAGGAGCUCCCAGCAGCAGCAGCAGCAGUAGUAGACAGUAAAACAGAACAGAAGGAAAGUAGCUGAGAGGAUAUGUAGCUGGGGCCAUUUGGUGCUCGGUAUUGUUAUCGACCAACAAUGUGAAGAGGAAGAAAACACGCUGUUAGUGAAGACAAAUACAUACAGUACCAGGACCUGUGUAACGUUUUAGCCAAUGUGAAGGCUGCAAUAGCCAGAGGAGUGAAUAAGUCAUGUUUAAGUUAUUCAUAUAUUCCAAAUGAUUUAGUCUCUCCUUUUUUCCUUCCUGAAAAUGCCGCUACUGCUUCUUAUUCCAAUCAUCAUCAUCCCUUUAGAUAUGCUAAUGUUACCUUCUGUUUAAAGGCCCUAUAGAUAAUGACUUUGUAAUAAGCGUGUGAGCAAGGGGUAGUUAGGUUACAGUAUAUGAUAAUAAUGUGCUUUAUUUUCAAGACAUUUGGAUUGGUAUGCAUUGUUGCUCAUUGUCACAAUAUUGAAAUGUUUUAAAAAAUGUGAACAUGAGUUGAAUGAGUACUUUUUUAUUUCAACAGAUAAGACAGUGAACUCUAUUUUGCUUUCAUUAAUAGUUGAUCACAAGAAGGGGAUAAUUCAAAACAUUUUAGAACAAUUUAUUGAAAUAAGUCGUUUUUUUUAUUGCUAUCUGAAAUAUAAUGUAGGAUAUAUACUCAAAAAGGGAUGCCUCCAGUUCUAAAAUGGAGGAUAUCUGCCUGUCAUUCUGAAAUAGGGACUUUAGGACCAGUUGCAGCAAGAGCAUGAGGUGUUGAAGACCAGGCCAGUAGCACAGUACUGGAAGUAGGUCUUGCCCUGACUGCAGUUGUAGAACUGGUUCUUGUUCUUGGGGUCGGCGUACAUCCCAGUGGCCUUGCCAACACAGAAGUUACUGUCCAUGCCACUGGUCCCACUGGUGGUCCCACCGCUGGAGCUGCCUCCGCUGGAGCUGCCUCCGCUGGAGCUGCCUCCAGAGUCACCACCAUCAUCACCUCCAUUGGUAGUUCCCUUAAUAAGGGGCAGGGGAGUUGCAGGGGGAUUGCAAGCUAAAAUGGGUAUUAAAAAAAGAUCAUGAAUUGAAAGAACAUAUUUUAGGUGUUUGAUAUAAUUCUGUAGCACAGCAGUCAGAGAUGUCAAACAUUUCUGCUAUUGAACACAAUCUAGUGUGCAGGUCCUUACGUGCUGAUUCCAGAUUGAGGCCUUUCUUGAGGACGUUGAUGAGAGGAUAUUUUCCCUGGCCACAGUAUGUGCCGGUAUAGUCAUCCAUAUCAAGAGUCCAGACCAUGGCUCCUCCAAAGUUGUUCUUCUUCAGCCAGUCAACCUAUAAACAGUGGUGUAAAGUAACCAAGUAAACAGUCUUUGAACUACUACUUAAGUUGUUUUUUGGGGUAUCUUUACUAUUUAUAUUUAUUCUUACUUUUACUUCACUGCAUUCCUAAAGAAAAUAUAUACUUUUUAGUCCCAUACAUUUUCCCUGACACCCAAAAGUACUUGUUACAUUUCGAAUGCUUAGGCAGGACAGCAAUAUGGUCCAAUUCACGCACCUAUUAAUAUAACACAUUGUCAUUCCUACCCACUGGGCACACACUGGUUGUUUCCACAUCAUUUCAAUGAAAUGACCUUGAACCAAAGUGGAAUAGACAUUGACGUGCCCAGCGUGUACUGCCUCUGAUCUGGAGGACUCACUAAACACAAAUACUGCAUUUGUAAAUUAUGUUUGAGUGUGCCCCUGCAGUCCGUAAAUAAAUAAAAACUAGAAAA